AUGCACUUAGGAGGUAAAGUGAAAGCAGGGGAGUCAAUUGCUUUGGGUUUCCAGCAUUACAUUUUGGCUUUAGGGACAGCCGUUAUGAUUCCAACCUUCCUUGUCCCUUUGAUGGGCGGUGACCAUGGGGAUAAAGUCAGAGUGGUACAGACUCUACUGUUCGUACAAGGGAUCAAUACCCUUAUUCAGACACUGUUUGGGACGCGUCUCCCCACCGUGAUUGGGGGCUCCUACGCAUUUAUGGUCCCAAUCAUGUCAAUAAUUCACGACCCUGCUUUGACCAGAAUAGAGGACGAUCAUUUGAGGUUUUUGAGCACCAUGAGAGCUGUACAAGGUGCUUUAAUAGUAUCAUCUAGCAUUCAGAUAAUUCUUGGAUACAGUCAAUUGUGGGCCAUUUGUUCCAGGUUCUUCAGCCCACUUGGGAUGGUUCCAGUCAUUUCUUUACUGGGUUUUGGACUAUUUGACAGAGGCUUCCCUGUGUACUUGAAGAACUUUCACUUCAGGCAAUUGCCAGUACUAGAGCGGUUCGCCUUGCUAAUAUCGGUUACUGUAAUAUGGGCAUAUGCACUUCUCUUGACAGCAAGUGGCACAUACAAGCAUCGUCCAGACCUUACGCAGGGCAACUGCAGAACUGACAGGGCCUACCUCAUUUCUGCUGCUCCAUGGAUAAAGAUUCCUUAUCCACUGCAAUGGGGAGCCCCAACUUUUGAUGCUGGUCAUUGCUUUGGGAUGAUGGCUGCUGUUAUAGUCUCACUCAUUGAGUCAACUGGAGGAUACAAAGCUGCAUCAAGGCUAGCAAGUGCCACGCCGCCACCAGCUCAUGUGCUUAGCCGCGGAAUUGGCUGGCAAGGAAUUGGCAUACUGCUUAGUGGCAUGUUUGGAACGUUGAGUGGCUGCACUGUGUCCGCAGAAAAUGUGGGGUUGCUUGGGAGCACUCGUGUUGGCAGUCGGAGAGUCAUUCAAAUUGCAGCUGGUUUCAUGAUCUUCUUCUCAAUCUUGGCUUCCGUUGGUUUGUCUUUCUUGCAAUUCACAAAUAUGAACUCAAUGAGGAACCUGUUCAUCGUCGGAGUUGCCUUGUUUCUUGGUCUGUCUAUCCCUGAGUACUUCAGGGAAUACACUUCCAAGGCUUACCAUGGUCCAUCUCACACGAAAGCCGGCUGGUUCAAUGAUUUCCUGAACACAAUCUUCUUCUCAUCCCCAACCGUGGCGUUGAUAGUAGGAGUGUUCCUGGACAAUACACUUGACUACAAGGAUAGUGCCAGAGAUCGAGGAAUGCCAUGGUGGGCUAAAUUCAGAUCAUUCCAAGGAGACAGCAGGAAUGAAGAAUUCUACACCCUUCCUUUCAACCUCAAUCGUUUCUUCCCUCCAUCCUGA